AUGCUGCCAGACACGACCGGUCUCGUGGCCCCCACUCACUACUCACGACAACAAAAGCAGCACCAAGUCCCGUUUUCGCGACAACACCUUUCGGUCUCCGCUUCGCCCUCCUCAUCCACGUCGGCAUCAGUCAUGGUCGGUCUGAUUUCAGCGUCGCCUGAAGCAACGACCGCCGGCCGGCCUCAGAUCGUAGAGUCUACGAUGGGUCUGACGGCUGCGGCAGCCGCCUCAGGAGUGCCGCAGAGGGUUCGUGGUGCUCCUGUGCACCGCGCCCACAGCGACGUCUCGCCCGUCCUGCUGGCCGGCGCCAGAGCCCAAAAUACUGGCAAAACCCUUGCUGCUUGUCUCAACGUCGGCCCAGUCAAGAGCCCGGCCGCCACAGAAGGCGGUGCCGGUGCUGGGCUGCCUGAGGUGACGGGUCUGGACAAUUGGUCGGCCGGAGAACAUGAACUGGAGCCUCCAGGAUCCAAAAAUCGGCCCAUUCUGUCUGCGAGCCCGUCGGAAGAAAGGGGAGGAGUAAAAAUGACUAGGGGGCUUGUGCAGCAACAGCAGCAGCCCUCGCGACAAACACCUCAGAUGGGCAACUACUCGGUACGUAUUUGA